AUGACGGAGAUGUGUGAAACUUGCGCCCCGAAACUGAAGGUAUUAGUGUAUAACUUACAAAUGGAAUGGGUAAUUGCACCUGAAGGCUACUCAACGAAUUUCUGCGCUGGCGCUUGUUCUAGCGAUUCGCCCAUGCAUAGCAAGAUGAAUGCGACGAAUCACGCCAUUGUCCAGACUUUGGUUCACCUACUGGACCCGAAGCGUGCUGAAGAGGCAAAGUGUGCCCCUAUUCAGCUGUCACCGACGAAAAUCCUUUUCAUCGAUAAUCAUGGCAAUGUUGUGAUGAGGAGGUAUCAAGAUAUGACAGUGCAAGAGUGUGGAUGUUUAUAA